CAUAACUGUGCUCUCUCUGUCUCCCUCGCUCUCUCACUCACUCUCUAUCACCGCCUUUCAGAUCUUUAAAAGCUGGAUCUUUGCUGUGUCUCUCUCGAUCUCCAUUUGUCUCCUCUGGCACUGCAGGGGACUCAACCGGCAAAGAAUCAAGGAAAGGUAGAAAAGAGACAAGAAGAAGACUGUGGAAAGGAGAGAUAAAGGGAAAGACACAGGGAAAGGGAGAGAGAAGACUAUACAUCCAGAAAUAGCAUCAGCCACAUUUAACUGAUAGAGAGUGACAGUGUGCAGAACCUGAGACCUGGACAGAAGAUGCCUAUCCUUUCUAACUUAACAGCCGUUGUCUUGUUGCUGAUUGCUCACUGCGGAUCUUGGACCGGAGCAAACCGCUUGGGCCCCUUCAAGGUCUGUCCUUCCUGCAAGGACCCGCUGGGGGCAGGUCGGCCCACCAGGGACCAUAAUGCUGCAGGCAGCACCUUGGUGCUGGCCCAGGGAGAGCCCUGUGGUGUGUACACCCUAAGCUGUGCCAAGGGACUCCGCUGCGUGCCCCCACCACGGGAGCACAGCCCCCUGCAGGCUCUGUUGCAGGGAAGGGGCAUUUGUGCCAAGCACAGCAGAACUAGUCCCACUGAGAGGCCCCACCCCACAGGUCCCCAUCCCUCACACAGUGGAGACAUAGAAAAAGCACCCUGCCGCAAGCUGCUCAAUAGUGUCCUGAGGGGUCUGGAGCUGGUCAUCUUCCAGUCUGACCGUGACAUCUAUAUACCAAACUGUGACACACGUGGAUUCUACAGGAAAAAGCAGUGCCGCUCCUCUAAGGGGAUGCAACGUGGCCAUUGCUGGUGCGUGGAUGAGCUCGGCGUGCCCGUGCCCUCAAGUGCUACUGAAAAUGGUACCUUACCUUGUGAUGGGGCGUGAGGGGUGAGUGUGUCCUACUGCUCUGAGCCUGGAGGAAGAGGAAGAGGAGCAGGAGCACAGGGAGAGGGGCUUCAGCAUGUGCUAGACACUGCCUGGACAGGAGGUAGCAGGGAUAAACCACUUCCUAUGGAAAACACACCACCGUUUAACAUCAAUGUCCUCUGUAGAACCUACGCACAGUCCAGCAGCAACAACAACAUCUGCCUGAAUGUUCAACAGUUGCAGCAGCGUCCUCUGCAUCGUCUGGUGACACGCUACAUGCUCACAUUAACGCUCCGUCCAACUGCCUCAGUCAUCCUAGCCGUGUUCUUCCCGAUGAUUUCUGUUUGUCCCUGGCUCUUGUCCUAGCUUUCUGCUAGAUUUUCUUUGACUUUUUACUUUAGAAUAGCUGACACUGCCUGUGUUUGUUCUGAUCUCAGUAGGCUGAAAUACUGUUACGCAGGUGACGUGACACAAAUAUUUGACAAAUGUGUCUCCCUCACCGUCCUCUCUCCCUCUCUCCAAAGAUACACUGACAUCAAUCCAGCUAAUUGACACUUUUUUUUUUUAUUUCUCUCAAA